AUGUUUUGGCGCAAACAGGUACUGGUGGCUAUGGCGAUUGCAAUGCUGACCACCUCGGUCGCGUAUGCCGGUCCGAUGGGCGGUCGUAAGCAGCAGCGCUCGCGUCGCAUCGCAUCGCGCGUCCAGAUCUCCGCUGAUCGCACCUACGCUCACAUCGACAAGCGCAACCAGCGCGAGCACGCACGAUUCGACAAUUCUCCACCCCCACAACCGACGUCUGGCUUCGACAUGCGCAAGAGACAGGUGCAUGUGGAUGCAAACGACGCCUUGGUAAUCCCCGGCCCUGGACACGAUCACCUCCCUGGAUUCCAAGGUAACGAUAAUCCGCCCUACCCGUUUCCGCAGCCGAAACACGGACACCAUCCUCCUGCUACCGCUGGUGAUGCCGAAGCCGAUCGCGCGCAACCAGUCGACGUUCCCAUUGGCAAGCGCGACCAGCGCGAGCUGGAAGGAUUCGACCAUUCUCCACCCCCACAACCGACGUCUGGCUUGGACAUGCGCAAGAGAGAGAUGCCUGUCGUUCACAUUGGCAAGCGCGACCAGCGCGAGCUGGAAGGAUUCGACCAUUCUCCACCCCCACAACCGACGUCUGGCUUGGACAUGCGCAAGAGAGAGAUGCAUGGCGAUGCUAGCGACGCCUUGGUAAUCCCGGACGGUGGACAUGAUCACCUACCAGGAUUCCAAGGUAACGAUAAUCCGCCCGAUCCGUUUCCGCAGCCGAAACACGGACACCAUCCUACGGCUAUCGCUGGUGAUGCCGAAACCGAUCCAGCGCAACUGGUCGACGUCCCUUCUGUAGGUCGCAAGUGCACUAAGCCGUCCACCGAGGCUGAGCAAGCGGAUACUCAACACCUCACCAAGCGCGACAAUGGUGGUACUCCGUCUGGCCCAUUUACUCGCGGUGAAACAUCGGUCGUCAUUACGUCUCAACUCGAAUCGCAUCCGUCAAACAAGUCCAUCUUUGGUCGCUGUCUUUGCGGUCGUACGCUGAUGGAGGAGGAUCAGGGAAUCUCGGGGAUCUGCGCAACCAGGUUUGUCUUGAGCGCCACGCCUACGGCCAGUUGCAAGUUCCAAGGCUUGACCUCUGCCACUUGCGUAGAACACGGCGGCAGCGAGAACAUGUCCGAGGGCGACGACGUGUGGUGGCAGAAAGCCUUCUGUAAGAGAUGCAGAGACGCAGGCGGCUUCAGUCACGAGUGGUUCCAGUGCCCUUAA